CUCCAGUGAAUGACAGAGAUUUUGUUCCCUAGGAGACGCCGUAGCGGGUGUGCGCGCAGUUUCCGCCCACUCCAACCUCGGCAGGAAGUGAGCGAGAGACUUCCCAGUGAAAGUACGCGAACUAUCAAAACAAACUACGGCGUCGCCUCGUUUUCAGCCUCCCUGCAGCCAACGGUCCCUAGCACUUCAUCAUGGACGGUGUACCGACGCCUCUGCGGUGCUUCAGCGAGCGCCACCCCGCAGAAAUGUUCGCGGAUGACGGGGUGGACUCGGUGACUUCGGUGGAGCAGGUGAGUGGAGAAAAAGGUGGAAAGCAGCAUUGAAGAAGUCAUCUCUGUUUACAAGCAAAUGCACAGUUUACCACAGCCAGCGUUGUUGCGGGAACAACACUACCAAUAUCUCAAGAAGGGCUUACGUCACUUAUCAGACGCUUAUGAGUGUCUGGACGCUAGCAGACCGUGGCUUUGCUUCUGGAUUCUUCACAGUCUGGAGUUACUAGAGGAGCCCAUUCCUACUGCUGUCGCCUCAGACGUGUGUCAGUUUCUGGCUCGCUGUCAGAGCCCAACGGGGGGUUUUGCUGGAGGACCAGGACAACACGCCCACCUCGCACCUACCUAUGCUGCUGUCAAUGCCCUGUGUAUCAUCGGCACAGAAGAGGCCUAUAAUGUUAUAAACAGGGAGAAGCUGUUAGAUUUCCUAUGGUCAGUGAAGCAGCCAGAUGGCUCGUUUGUGAUGCACGUUGGAGGGGAGGUGGAUGUCAGGAGCGCGUAUUGUGCAGCUUCUGUAGCAUCGCUCACAAACAUCCUCACACCUAAACUGUUUGAGGACACGACCAACUGGAUCCUCAGUUGUCAGAACUGGGAGGGUGGUCUAAGUGGAGUGCCAGGUUUGGAGGCCCACGGUGGCUACACUUUCUGUGGCACAGCUGCCCUCGUCAUCCUGGGCAAAGAACAUAUGCUGGAUCUCAAAGCCUUGCUGCGGUGGGUGGUCAGCAGACAGAUGCGAUUCGAAGGAGGCUUCCAAGGCCGCUGUAAUAAACUGGUGGACGGCUGCUACUCUUUCUGGCAGGCUGGACUCCUGCCUCUACUCCACAGAGCCUUAUUCAAAGAAGGAGAGUCGGAGCUGAGUCGGCAGCGGUGGAUGUUCGAGCAGCAGGCCUUGCAGGAGUACAUCCUCCUGUGCUGUCAGAACCCAGCAGGGGGCCUCCUGGAUAAGCCUGGCAAAUCCAGAGAUUUCUACCACACGUGUUACUGCCUGAGUGGACUCUCCAUAGCACAGCACUUUGGAAACAUGGACCUCCACCAUGAGAUGAUCCUCGGCAAGGAGGAGAACAGAUUGGCUCCAACUCAUCCAGUUUACAAUAUUUGUCCAGAGAAGGUGUCUCAGGCCCUGCAGCACUUUCACCGGCUGCCAGUCCCUUACGAGAACAAGCCGCCGGGAGCCUCUGCUGACGAGAGACUGUCGGACCCCGCUGCUGCAUCCGGAUCAGCCGACCAUCAGUCCUAGUUAAUCCCCAGUGGAGACGUCACUGUGUGUGAACCAGCCAACUCUCGGGAAUGGACUCGAAACCGGCAAAACGGCGGUAUAUGUCUAAUGAGGACGAGCCCAAGAAGCAGUCAUCCGACUGGUCGACCCUCAGUAGAGAUGAGGGCUGGAGUUUAGGAGCAGUCUGCCUGAAUAAAGGUCAACAGUUGUGCGUGGGCAGCUUCGCAUUCAGCUGAAUUUUUGCUUGCAAUGCCUAUUGUUUUCAUUCUCUGAAAUAAAAGUGAAACUUUAUAAGGUUCCACUAUGACCCAAGUUAAUAAAACUUUAUAUAGCACUUUUCAUAA